GGCGGCCCGGCGGAGGCACCGGAUGAGGCGGGCGCUUCCGGGGCAGCGGCCCCGGCCCCGGCAGCCGCCCGCAGAUCCCAAGGAGCUACCAGCAACUAAUUAAGGCUUCAAGAAAGUGGCUAUGGCCGAGGGGACCGUGGUUACCGAUCAAGAGCAACUCCUGAGGAGGGUGCAGGAGCUGGAAGAGGAGGUGAAGCGGCUGCAGGAGAAGCUCCAAGAGGACAAGGGAGGCGCUGGGAGAAGAGAGGCUCCGUCAGCCCCCGGGAAAGCCAAAAAACGCCAACAACGUCCGUUUGAUUUUGACGCUUACGGCCGCAGACACGUGGCGCUGAAGAUCGCCUACCUGGGCUGGGGCUACCAGGGUUUUGCCAGCCAGGAGAACACCAGCAACACCAUCGAAGAGAAACUGUUUGAAGCCUUGAAGAAGACACGGCUGGUAGAUGACAGACAGACCUCCAGCUACCACCGCUGCGGGCGGACAGACAAAGGAGUCAGUGCCUUUGGACAGGUGAUUUCCCUAGAUCUCCGCUCAAACCUGUCAGAGGGGAAGAAGCUAAAUGGCCACGAGGGUCAAUCAGAAGGCAAAAGCGAGGGGGAAGAGGAGCUCCGCUACACCCAUAUUCUGAACAGGGUGCUCCCGCCUGACAUCAGGGUGCUGGCCUGGGCCCCUGUGGAGCCGGAUUUCAGCGCCCGGUUCAGCUGCCUCAAGAGGACGUACCGCUACUUCUUCCCCUGCGCCGACCUAGAUGUAGCCCUCAUGCACGCCGCAGCCCAGAGGUACGUGGGGACCCACGAUUUCCGUAAUCUAUGUAAAAUGGACGUUGCCAACGGAGUGGUCAACUUCCAGAGAACAAUCCUCAGCGCUGGAGUAACGUGGGUAGACAGAGGAGAACCUGGGCUGCAGGAUCCCUUCCGCCUGUGCCAGUUUGAAGUGACUGGACAGGCGUUCCUGUAUCACCAAGUCCGCUGCAUGAUGGCGAUCCUCUUCCUCAUCGGCCAGAGGAUGGAGAGCCCAGAGAUCAUCGACGAGCUGCUGGAUGUGGAGAAGAACCCCCGAAAACCGCAGUACAGCAUGGCAGUCGAGUUUCCCCUCGUCCUGUAUGACUGCGAGUUUGAAAACCUUCAGUGGCUCUACGACCGCGAAGUGCAGGAGUUCAACGUUACACACCUACAGCAGCUCUGGGCCAACCACGCAGUCAAAACACAAGUGCUACACAACAUGUUACAUGGGUUAGAUGCUGCUCCCGUGGCUACUGGAAAAAGCCCAGGGAACAACACAACUGUUCUGUGGGGAGAUAUGAAGCCCGUGCUCUGCAAUCAGGUCAGCGGCUUCGUGGAAGGCGUUAAGGCCCGCACCUACAAGCCUUUACUGGCCCGCCCCAAGUGCCAGGGGCUGGAGGCCCGCAUCCGCCACUUUGUGCGCAGGGGCCGCAUCGAAACCCCCCAGGGCCUGCAGGUGGGGGGGGACGGGGACGAGCAGCCCCCCGAGACCAAGAGGUGCCACCACGGUGGUGCCACCGAGCAGCCCCCCAAGCGGGCCUGCAUAGGCACCGAGUGAUGGUGGCGGGUCACCUCAGCAGACAGGCAGUUGGCUGCUUUGCAUUUUUUUUUAUCGGGAAAAAAAAUAAAAAUAAAAUUUUUCCAGUGUUAUUUUUAUAAAUUUUAAGAAAUGUGGUGGUGUGCUGUGCCCUGGCCUGGGAGGGGGUGGGGGUGCCGCAGCCCCUCAGAGCCGCUCUCCUCACGGCGGGGCGGCCCUGUGGGGUGCUGGGGCCACACCGGGCCGUGGCAGCCAGGGCCCACCCGCCUGCAGCGCCUCCCCACGCCCCCCGGUACCUGCAGGGCCCGGCCGCACUCGUCCGCCCGCCGCGACCGUUACCGGCCACCAACCGUCGCCGGAGUUUAAACAGCCGGGUGGGGGCGGGGCCGUCCCCUGAGGCCCGCCCUUGGGGGCGGCGACAUUGGGCAGCGCUGGUGUCACUCGGCUGGCUUUUCCCUUCUGAUUGGAGGAGGGGGUU